AUGGCAACAACUGGGCGACCGGACGUCGAGUACAUCAAUGGAAAGAAGACUUUCGUGCCGCUGGAGAACAGCCCAGAAGUCAUGUCUCAUUUAAUUCACCAUCUGGGCGUCUCCGCAGACCUUGGCUUCUACGACGUCUACAGCAUCGACGAGCCUGAUUUGUUAGCUUUCCUUCCUCGUCCUGCGUAUGGGCUGAUCUUCAUCUGCCACGGGGACGUCUACCAUCGAGCUCGAGACGCGGAAGAGGCAUUAAUGAAGGACUAUGAAGGAUUUGGCCCAGGAGAGCCGGUUCUGUGGUUUAAACAGACGAUCGGAAAUGCAUGUGGUCUCAUGGCGCUCCUACACUGUAUCAGCAAUGGGCCUGCGCGCCAAUAUAUAACAUCGGGCUCAGAGCUGGAUAAACUGCUCCACGAGGCGGUGCCCCUUUCUCGCGUCAAUCGCGCGCAGCUUCUUUAUGAUUCGCCAGCCUUAGAGGCGGCGCAUCGGUCGGCCGCGCAACGGGGUGACACGCAAGCGCCGACGCCUGGAGACCAUUGCGGCUUUCACUUUAUUAGUUUUGUGAAGGGCGAUGAUGGGCACCUGUGGGAAUUGAACGGGUCGAUGAAAGGCCCGGUUGAUCGAGGGGCCUUGCAGCCCGAAGAGGAUUGUCUGAGCGAAAAUGCGCUAAAUAUGGGGGUACGAACAUUCCUCAACAACAAGAGCGACGCGGGCGAGGGCGACUUUGGCUUCAGCUUGGUGGCCCUUGCUCCCAGCAUGAAAUAA